AUGUACGGCCGGGACGCGUUUCAACACAAACUCAUGCAGGUCGCGCCUCAUGCCUUUGGCGAAGUCUACGUGCUCAGUCAGAUAAUGGGCGUCUGCCACGUCCCGUCCGGAUUCUUUUAUAACCAAGUGAGCCACCGGAAACUCGAGGAGUUAGAAGUGUGGGGGGAGAUUGAUUGCCAUGUCCGCAACAUUCUUUACCAUGUCAUUAAUGAGAAUAGGUCUCCGCUAGUGAUAUUGGCAAAGAUGGCCCGAAGCUCGGUGCACUGGCGUAAGCUACGCAUCGCAGGCCGCGGCCUCCUGCUCGACUUCGGCAGGUACGCCAAGGCACACGACCUUCGAGUCAGCUACUUUGACUACUACAAGAUUUCAUAUCCGACCUUGGUCGCGGUGGCAGCGAGUCAGGGGAUCAACCUGAAACCCGAGAGCUAG